AUGGAAACGGAAGCCAGCCUCAAGUACACCCUCGGCUUCGUAUGGUGUUGCGAGACAGAUGAAGUGCUUUUACUAAACCGCCUCAAGGCUCCCUGGAUGGGGCGGUGGAACGGUGUUGGUGGCAAGCUCGACAAAGGAGAGCCGCCGUUGGCUUGUAUCGUACGAGAGACUGAGGAAGAGACGGGGCUUACCCUUGAUACCUACGAAGCUCGGGGCCAGUUACUAUGGGACUCGCGCAAUUACACAACACCGGUGUUCAGCGCACCUCAGUUGAUGGAGGUGGAGACAUCAUCCGAGCCUACUUACGUCGAGGUGGGGGGACUCUACCUCUUUGUCGCCAAGGUUACCAAAGCUCAACGAGACGCCUACGUCACCCCACGACUGUUGGUAGAAGGAAUCUUAGACUGGAAACCGAUAGCAUGGAUAACCCAUCCUGAUAAUGUUGGGGUGGUCGAUAACAUCAGAGUGUUCAUGACGGACAUUCUCAACGGCAGCGCUAACGACGUUUACCAGGUGACCUAUCGUAACAAUAUCCUCAUUAACCAAACGAGGACUCAAAAUUAA